UGAUUCUCUAACCCAGCACUACCCAACCAACUCUCGGCGCCGGCAGCGAAGCGAUAUGAUGUAUGCAAGCUGACUUCUUUCUGUCGACUGCGAUGACGCAUCAUUAUUACCCUUCACCAGAAACUACCUACCUUACCUACCUGACUCUCAUCAACUCACCUGGAGGCUUUGAUAUCGCUCCUGUUGUCAGAUGAAGCCUCCCGGAAAGUAUCCUCCUUGGAGACCAACCAGCGUGCAGGCAGGCAGACAGGCAGACAGACAGGCGGGCAGGCAGGCAGGCAGGCGGACAGACAGGCAGACAGGCAGACAGGCAGGCGGGUAGGCAGGAAGGCGGGACACCAAAGGUUAUCGAUUGCGCUUGAGCACACCUUAAGGCGUUUAGGGCACGAGCUGGGAAUAGCAUCCGCUCAAGCUCACUGCCCUUGAUCCUUCUCUUCGACGCUUCGUCCACGAUCCCCGCGGGCGGGCGACGUUGCCAUCCUCUGGAGGCGAGGAAUUCGGUACACGCCUUCCUUAUAGACUGCUGCGCGCUGCACACGCUCGAGCGCUGUCCCUCCGGACUGUGCGCCGCAGUCCACCAUGAAUCCCACGCAUUCCAGCGACGCUGCCCGCACCGAUAGCCUCACCGCCUCUAGUCUGCCGCUUUACAGCGCAGGCGCUUUCGACGGAGCAUCCAGUAUGGCCAUGCCGGGUGGCUCGAAUGGUGCGCAGUGGUUCCAGAGAGACAUUGACUAUGGGGAUUACGACCAGGACGUGAAUGGCGAAGAUGGCAACGCAGAUGUCGAUAACGAUCCGGACAAUGAUGGCGGCGAUCAGAGAGAUCCCAAGCGGAGGAGAAUUGCAAGAGCAUGUGACAUGUGUCGAAAGAAGAAGAUCAAAUGCGAUGGCAAGAUGCCCAAGUGUAGCCACUGCGAGAAUUAUAAGACGGAAUGCAUAUUUACACAUGUCGAGAAGAAGCGCGCACCACCUAAAGGCGCCAAAUACAUCGAGGGACUGGAGAAUCGGCUGGGCAGGAUGGAGAAUCUGUUGCGGCUGUCAGGCCUGCUAGCAGAGGACGACGGAGGACGAACAGAUUUAGGGACGCUGGAGAAGAGAUUGGCGGAGCAGACACGAACCGCCAAAAGCAAUGCUACCAGCCCACAGUCGCAACACUCCUCCAUGCGGCAAGGUAGUGGUGGUAAUAGCAAGGAGAGUAAUACACCAGCGCAAAAUGAUGCAUUAGAAAGCACGACCCUGCCACAAGCUGCCAGCCCCGCGGCACUCAACGAUAAUGAUAAAUCCUCGUUACCGGACCUCACCAAACCGUCCACGGAUGGCUCCAAGAAAGAGUCGGGGGAGGUGGACGUGCUGGCCGAUCAAAUGUGCAGCCUCAUUACGAACAAUUGCGGUGAAACACGCUACAUUGGCUCCUCUUCCGGUUUCAGCAUAUUCAGUCCCAAAGGCAUACAAUGGGUGAAUGAGAAAACCGGGGAUACCAGCUUUCAAUCGAUGAUUGCACACGCUUCAUCCGAGGACAAACAAGGCUGGGACCAUUGGAAGCCAGAGGUGUUCAAUGAUCUCUUCCAGAGACGAAUCUUCAGGCCCCUCCCUGGCCGACAGGAGUGCUAUGCGCUGCUCAAGGACUAUUUUGAGAACUUCAAUUGCAUGUUCCCUCUGUUUCAUGAGCCCACAUUCAUGCACUUGGUGGACAAGCACUACUCACUCGAGCCAUACGACGGGUCAGGCUGGUGGGCCAGCUUAAAUGUGGCACUGGCGAUUGGACACCGGCUGCGCGUGAUGAGCAAUGUGGUACCACGAGAAGAAGAUGAGGUGGCCUGGGCAUACCUCAAGAAUGCCAUGGCAGUGAUGUCCGAGCUGACGAUGCGCAACACCGAUCUCCUCUCAGUCCAAGCACUACUGGGUAUGGCGCUCUUCUUGCAAGGGACUCCCAAUCCGCAGCCCACCUUCUUCCUGGUGGCAGCUGCAAUUCGGCUGGCACACUCGAUUGGACUUCACAAGCGUGGCUCGGGCUUCAACCUCAACGACGUCGAGAGUGAGCAGCGCAAGCGCGUGUUCUGGAUCGCGUAUCUCCUGGAUAAAGACAUCUGCUUGCGUUCGGGACGGCCACCGGUGCAAGACGACGAUGAUAUGAACGUGGAACUCCCUUCGGAGAAUCCCGUUGACAACGUGGGCAAUGUGCCUCUCGCGCAAGGUGGUACCAUGAACUUAUUCAGACUGAUGUGCCAGUUCGCGCAGAUACAGUCUCGAGUAUAUAAGCAGCUGUACUCGGUGAAGGCCGGGCGUCAAAGUGAUGGCGAACUUUUGAACACGAUCGGAGAGCUCGAUGCAUCGCUAGAAGAGUGGAAAGACAGCAUACCUAUUGACUUCCGGCCGGAGCACGAGAUUAAGGCUGCUCAUACACCGCUGAUUCUACAUGUUGUGGUGCUGCAUUUCGCGUACUACAAUUGUCUGACGACGAUACACAGGAUGAGUGUACACCACGGAUACUGGACGAGUCGGCUGAGUGAUUAUGCUGUGCAAGGGUUGAAUGCACGUCCGUUGAAUCCUCGAGUAUUCAUGAGCGCAGCACUGUGCGUGAACGCAGCAAGGACAAGCAUAGGGUUGAUCAGAUAUAUUCCGCAGGGCGAUUAUGCAUGUGUUUGGCUGAUCCUCUACUACCCGGUGUCGUCCCUCGUUACACUGUUCGCCAACAUCCUGCAAAACCCUCAAGAUGCCCGAGCGAGGACCGAUCUCAAGCUCAUGAGUAGUGUGGUGGCUUUCUUGACCAUGCUCGAACGCGAUGUCGCAGAGGCAACCGGCAAUGUCCGCCGCAUGCUAUCGGUAUGCGCCGAAUUCGAACGCAUAGCACGCGUGGCUCUUGAUAAAGCCGAACGCGAGAUGCGCGGGCGCGGCAAACGGAAGCAGGCCGAACGCGAACGAGAGAAGGCGCUAAAGGAAAGAGUCAACGGCGAGAUCGUGCAAGGCAUCGAGGAAGGCAAAAGUUUGGAACAAAUACAAGUCGAAACACAAGCCUCUUAUCGAAGACCAGUACAGACGCCCACUCUACGCGCCUCUGUGUCUGGGAGUCAAGCCGGUAGUAAUCCUACCAAUAGUCCCCGAAGCUGGGGAGGCAGUCCGCCCGGAGGCUCAGGCCCUGAAAACCAACCUAUGCACCAACUCGGACAACGCUCGUUCAGCAAUCCCACGCCACGUAUGCAGAACGCCAAUCUGAAUGCGAACCAUCAACACCAAAGCAAUUAUAUGCCGUCCCAACAGCCGCAUUCCGCCAGUGGACCUUUCAAUGCUCUCCAGUUCCCUCAAAACAUGAGCCCUAUGGACUUUUCUGGCGCUAACGGCUCACCACAUCAACCAUUCACCUCUGGACCCUCGCCCAUGGAUGGUGGAUUCGGUCAACAACACCAUCACCAUACAGGUUUCUCACCUCAACAGACUUCCGGUGCUGAUUUCGGUAUAGCUUUCGAUCCCAACAAUGGAGUCCCCGGUGGUCCCGGGCCUGGUGGUGCUUUUCAACAACCUUUUGUCCCUCAGGAUUUGUGGCAGAUGCCCAUGACGCUAGAAUGGGACUGGGCAGAAGGGCUUGGACUGGGCGCUUUCACACCCGGUCCAAUGGCAUUUGAUCCUAUCGGUGGUGCCGGCGGGGGCGGUUUCGCGCCUGAUCAACAAACUCCGCAUAGCAGUUCCAUGGGACCACCACCACCGCAAUAAUUGAAAAAUGAGCAUGUCAGCGAGCGAGCGAAUUGAGCCCUUUUUUUUUCUUGUGCGCAUUUGUGCGUAUUUGUGUGUUCAUGUGUCAAAUGGAUUGAUUCAUUUGGUAAAUUGAGCAUCUUAGCAUCGUGAAGCGAAGCGAAGCGUUGUAUAGCGGCUGUACUAUUUAUUUAUGUAUCGUUCGAUGCUGCUAUUCUUCUUUCUCUUCUUUUUGGCACUACAUAGGUAUGUAGUUAUGAACGAUGUUACGAUCGAUGGAUGGAAAGAGUAGAAUAAAUAUAUGGAACUGGAAAGUGGAAUUGAAAAGGUACAGGUACUGAAAGGGAAGGAAAGGGAAAGGCAAGGCAAGGCAGGAAAGGCAAGGCAAGGCAAGGCAAGGCAAGGCAGGGAAAAGGCAAGGCAGGGAAAUUUCAAAGGAAAGAACGAACCUGGGAAGAACUAAACUGGAAAGAAAGAACGAAAGAAAAGAAAAGAAGUCGUCCUCGCUAGGAUUUUGUCUUUCCUUUCUUUUCUUUUUUCCUUUUCCUCUUGAUUUUUGAUUCUGG